AUGCACCCCGGCCACUUCUUAGCGACUGCCGUGGCCUUUCUGCUCCUGUUUCCUGGGUCUCAUUCCACCCCGGCUGAGACGACCUUGCAGAGUUUUCUAGGCUGUGCGGUACGCGAUUUUGCUUUUGUGGCGAAGAAGCCAGGAUGCAGGAGUCUGCGAAUAAACACCGAGGCAUGCUGGGGCCGCUGCCACACCUGGGAGAGGCCAGUUCCAGAGCCGCCGUACAUCCAGAGGCACCACCGCGUCUGUACCUACAGCCGAACACGGCACCUGACAGCACGUCUACCGGCUUGUCGCCCUGGCGUCUCCCCAAUCUAUCAUUACCCUCGGGCCUUACGGUGUGACUGCACCUACUGCUUCUCAAACCACACGGAGUGUGAAACCUUUUAA